AUGGCAUCCCCCCUUUGGUUGCGCGCCUUGCACAAGACUCUGAACAAGCAUGACAAAGUCAGCGUAUUCCAACUUGCUACGUUCGACGCACAGAACGUACCCCACGCGCGUUCACAAAUAUACAGGACCACCUUUACCCCCCAAUCACACCCCAAUUACCCGCUAUUGAUAUCUUCCACCGACAUCCGGACGCCGAAGGUUUCCGAACUCAUCUCCAAUCCGACUAAUCCCUCGUCGUCCUCGGAGAUGUGCUGGUGGAUUGACAAGACAUCUGAGCAAUUCCGCAUAACCUCCAGGACCUACGUAAUCCAUUCCCCUUCCCACCCUUUCUACGCGAGAUUCGACUGGAAAACGUUGCCCAGGAUGAAGGCACUCGUGGAGGAAGACAAAGUCGACUGGGAAGCCAAAUGGAAGGAGAUGUACGAGUCUAUGUCCGGGCACAUGAAGGCAUCCUGGCUGCGCCCUCCUCCAGGCAGCGUGCUCGAGGGCGGGUACGAAGAGUCGAAGAAGUGGGUGGAGAAGCGGGCGUUAUGGGAGAAGGCGUUCAGCAACUUCGCCCUGAUGGUCGUGGAGCCCGUCAGAGUGGACUAUCUCGAGAUGGGCAUCGUGCCGAACAGGAGAAGGGUCUAA